CGCCGCGGUCGGGGCGCUGCGGGUUGUGGCGGCCGUCGGGUGUGCUGCGAAGGCGCCCGCGGGACGGGGACGGCGCGAUGGGGAUGGCCAAGCUGAGACUGCUGUGCGCCGCCGUGGCGCUGCUGUGUGCGGCACCGCCGGGGCAUCCCGGGGCCGCGCUGCCCGCGGGCGAGGGGGACGGCUACGGGGUGAAGCUGUGCGGCCGCGAGUUCAUCCGCGCCGUCAUCUUCACCUGCGGCGGGUCCCGCUGGAAGCGGCUCUCCCUGCUGGCGGUGGAGCCUGCGCCCGCGGCCGAUUCUGCACAAACAGCAAGUAACAAACAACUGGGAAGCUUGAACCUGCAAUCAGUUUUGGAUCCUGAAGUGGAGCAGCUGCAGAGAAGCAGCCCAGUUCUUGGAUGGGAGGCGUUUAAGGACUUGUAUAGUUUAAAUUACUAUAAUGAAUAUGUCCCUGUGGCAGGCGACUUAAAAAAACUUGUUCACCAGGUAGAGGAAGCUGUUCAGAAGGACAGGGGGGGAACAGGAAAUGCAAAUCCCAUGGAAUCAAGCAGCUACCUUUGGGCCAGGUAUCCCAGAAGAAAACGGGAGUCUCUGGGUUUGGCAGGAAUGUGUUGCAAGUGGGGCUGUACAAAAGCUGAAAUUAGUACUAUAUGCAGAGUUUAAAAUCCUCUCUACACUUAUGCAUGAAAUCAGUGUUUGUUGCAGUACUACUUGAUUGAUUACUUCAUGGGGGAAGAACACUCUUGCUGUAUUUUACCUUGUCUAUAUGUGCCAGUCAAUAUAGCUGGUUUUCUUUAAAAAAAAAACACAACAAAAAAAAACAAAACAAACAAAACAUAAAUGUAAUUGCAAUGAGUUUGUUUUGCUGCAGUAACUUCUAAUCUAUACUUUUUACUAAGUCUUUUCAUUUUAAUGUUGAGCCUUUACACUUAUAUUACGAAUGUAUUAUAUCUUUGUAACACUUUAAGAACUCCAAUAUUUCAUUAAAAUGUAAUUAUACUAAGUGUUGCCAAGUUAUUCUUCCUGUGUCAAAAGAAUGGAUAUAGAAUCAUAGAAUGGCCUGCUUUGGAAGGGACCUUAAAGACCACCUAUUUUCAUCCCCCCGACAUAGGCAGGGACAUGUGUCUUCCACUGAAUGAAAUUGUUCAGAGCCCCAUGCGACCUUGGCCUUUAACACUUUGGGGGAUGGAGCAUCCACAGCUUCUCUGGGCAAUCUAUUCCAGUGUCUCACCACCCUAAGAGGGAACAAUUUCUUCCACAAUAUCUAGCCUAAAUUCUGCCUCCUUCAGUU